AUGAGCUUGACGCGUGCGGUCUACUUUCUCGUGCUGUGGUCAGCCGACGGUACUUGCAACUGUCGCGAUGGCUCCUGCAACGAGGUUUGCACAAACAAUGCCACUGUGCCCCACUUGAACCUGACUGAUGGGUUCUGCAAUGCAAUGGGGCAACUCAGCAUGACUCACCAAGAAAUGUGCUGUGCCUGUCCUCAAUGGGAGUGUUCGCAGACCUGGUCCAAUGGAGACCCCAGUGCUUGCGACGGGCAUGCCGGGGGAUCGUGUGACCAGGUUUCCUGCACGCAGUGCUAUCACAAAGCUUUUGUCCCUGAGUUUGGUGACACGGUGUGUGGGAAAUACGUCAACGGUCCGUACAAUCUGGGAGACAAGAGUGUCGUGCAAUGUGCCCAGGCAUGCACUGCACAUGCCGAGUGUAACGCCUUCGAGUACUGGGACGACGAUGUGGGAAAUUACCGUGAGUGCAAACUCUGCGUGACUUAUAGAGUCUCUCCAGACAGCAACACGCACGCCAAAAGACGCAGCAAAUGGCUCCAAGUUUCUUCUUCCGAGUGCGCAGGGUGCACCUGCUUCGGGGCCUUUUGCUUCUGCGAAUGCACCGCGAAUGACGGUUGUUGGGCAUGGGGUCACGCGCCAAAGAGUACGCUCAUUGCCAUUCCCUGGCUUCUGGCUGCUGCGCAGCUGGCUGCAUUGGGCUAA